AUGCAAAGGCAGGCAAGUUCCACAGGAGCAGGGUGGGAGGGGAUCCCGGAUGGCCGUGCCAGCUGCUCCUUUCCUCCAGCCCCCCCCUCUACUAGCCCCGCCCUUUCCCGCACAGGUACUUCUGCUGGCUGCACUACGCAGAUGGGAGCCGAGCAGCGCAGCGCCGUCUUGCCCAGUGGGCCAGCCGCCUGCUGCUGCUUCCCUCCGCUGCGUCAUGGCCGGCCGGGCCCAGGGUCGUCACGCCGGCACUGGGUAUGCAGAGCUGCUCAUCUUGCUCCUCCUUUUGGUGCUGGCGACUUCCUAAAGGUGCCUGCUUUGGCAUAA